GCGUGCUAUGUCGCUGUUACCGUCACCAAUACUUUCCAGCAGACGUCGCUCAUUCCGACGAGACACACCCAACCCUUCUCUCCUUAACGCCGACUUUCUCUUUGGUCGCGCACGUAUAACAAACCUCGGCGUUAUCAUCCUGUCAGCCCUCGCCUCGCUCUCAUUCCUCUACAACCUUGCCUUCAUAUUCUCACCAACACCUACCAUCCCCAACCCAUAUCGUACGCAUGAUUCAUUGGCAGGUUACGAGGCACAACAAAGUAUACUAUCGACGAUAAACAGGACUGAGGAGGCGGAACAACUGAGCCAUCUCAUUAUCGUACCUGGCCACGCAAUAUGGACGGGUGUGUGGGCCGAGCAAACACUGGACGAGGACUAUUGGGUGCUGGAGGAUUACCAGAGGGGACAUAGUGCAGCCCGUCUUUCGGCGUUUGUAAGUCAUAUCACACGGGGAGCAGAGCUGGCGCUCGGUGAUCAACGUUCAUUGCUUGUCUUCAGUGGAGGACAAACUCGAAUAGGGUCGACUACGACUGAGGCCGAGUCGUACAUGAGGCUUGCUCUCACCACCAAUGUUUUUCUUUCAGCCUCUUCAACGCCGUCCACACGUGAUGAAAUUCCAUUUUCACGCGCAACCACAGAAAACUACGCCCUCGACUCAUUCGAGAAUCUCUUAUUCUCUAUCGCGCGUUUUCACGAAUAUACAGGACGUUAUCCUAAGCAAAUAACCGUUGUUGGCUAUGAGAUGAAAAGGCGUAGAUUUACUGAGCUUCAUCGUGCCGCGAUCAGGUGGUCUGAGGCACGGUUUGGAUAUGUGGGGAUAGAUCCUGUAGGAGAAGGAGGCGCGAAGGCACUGGAAGGAGAGUUCCAGAAUGGCUAUAUGCCGUAUACAGUAGACACCUACGGCUGCCACGACUACCUACUUCAAAAACGGAGGUUGCGAAACGUGUUUGCGCGGUUCCACUCCUAUUUCUCGUCUUCGCCUGAGCUUGGGGGACUGCUCAGUUGGUGUCCUGGUGGAGUGGGAGAGUCGAUGACGAAGAUAUACGAGGGACCAUUGCCCUGGGAUAUCCUUGGUGAAUACAUUGUGUAACCUGGUUUACAUUGACAUCUAUUAGAAUGAAGUGCUCGUUGGAUAUUGCAUGUU